UUGUAAUAAAAAUUUGUUAUUCACAACUACCUGCAUAGCUGUGAGAAAUAGUCCAAAUGCUUGCAAUUUUAUUCACAGCUGUUGUAAAUAUACUCUUGUUGAGCUCAAAAGUUAAGUAUCUAUGUAUGUCUGCUUCAUGCCUCCUAAUUGUUUAUCCUAUAUAUUUUUUUUUUUUUUUUUAUUGAUCUCCCUAUCUGAUUCUAGUCCAAAUUUCCAAGCCAUAUAUAGGAUGCUGGCCAUUGGUUUAUCCCAAAAAUGGCAAAGUAGUAGCAACACCUUCCUCACAGCAGCAACUUGAAAUACGUAAUUUUCCAUGGUGAUGAAACUCGGCAGCGGGUGAAGUAUUCUGAUGAUCGUGUCUGCAAAAGUCAUCUGUUGGAUUGUUGCCCCCAUGACAUUCUUGCUGGAACGCGUAUGGAUUUGGGUGAAUGCACCAAGAUUCACGACUUGGCACUAAGAGCGGAUUAUGAAAUUGCAAGCAAAGAGAGAGAGCUGUUUUUUGAGCUUGAUGCAAUGGAUCAUUUGGAGUCCUUUAUUGCAGAAUGUGACAGACGAACUGAGCUUGCUAAGAAACGUCUUGCUGAAACCCAAGAAGAAAUAAGUGCAGAAGUUGCAGCUAAGGCAGAAAAGGUUCAUGAGCUGAAUGAAGAAAUAGGAAAGCUUCUUGCAAAAGCUGAGCAAUUGGGAGCUGAGGGGAACGUGGAUGAAUCACAAAGAAUUCUCAUGGAAAUGGAGAAAGUAAAAGCUAGAAAGAGAGAAGCUGAGGAAGAAUAUCGUAAUUCAAUGCCGGCAUCUAGCUUUCAGCAGCAGAAACUGCGUGUUUGUGAGGUGUGUUCCGCCUAUCUUGGACUCCAUGACAAUGACCGCCGUCUUGCGGAUCACUUUGGGGGCAAAUUGCAUUUAGGCUUUAUUCUGAUUCGUGAAAAACUGGAACAGCUGCGGAGAACUGUGGCAACAAAACAAGAAAAACGAAACCAAGAUCGCUUGAGGAGAAGGGAAGAGAGGGAUAGAGAGGAUCGAGGACCAAGACGGUCCAAGAGCAGGGAUCGUCGUAGAUCAAGAUCCAAGGAGAGGAGGAGGCGCCGUUCUCGUUCCACAUCGCGUGACAAGCGCAGGUCACGAUCAAGGUCAAGGGACCGCCACAGACGCCAUCGCAGUCGUUCAGGCAGUCGCAACAAAAGUCAUCGCAGUUCAAGAGAUAGGGGAUCAAAACACAAGUAGUUGUACUGAUAUUAAACUGUAAAAGAGGGGACAGAGCUUGUCUGCAUUUUAGGUCAGCAGAGAUUGCACACAAGGACCACUUAUGAAAGGUUUAAGAUCCGACUUCUUGGAGAUGGGAAACUUGAAAGUACUUCAGAUAACAUAUUUUGUGUUGCAUUGUAAAUAAUCAUUGUUCGACAGAUACAAAUAUACGGUUUUUACAUGCCGAAAACUCAUCUUUUAUAAACCUAAAUUUUUAUUGUUUGAAUAGCUGUGUUUGCUGAACUGUAUUCUGCUUGCCCUAAGUUUCAACAGUAGUGGAAGUACAAAUAAAGUAUUUGCCUAGUGUAAAAUUUUA